GUGUAUAUAUAUAUAUAUAUAUAUAUAUAUAUAUUUCUCUCUACAUUUGAAGCAAAAGCGUAUGUGAAAAUGAAAUAACGUGAGUGGAUUUUUUCAAACCAGCAUUCAUCCAAGUGAAUCAGGGAGAAAAAUAUAUAAAUAUAUUGCAAAGUUUUUUUGUUUUUUUUUGCUUUAAGCAAUCAUACCACUAAAGGAUCCUGAAAUUGUGAAAGCUCUCUCAAAACCGCUAGAAAUAAUUCAUAAGUCGGAAGUGAAACUAUACCUGCUUAAAUGAUAAUUUGUCUUUACAUACAUUUAUACAAACAUACACACACAUUUCCUGGUGUUAUUUAAGCUUGACAUCCAGUUGGCAUGCAAAAAAAUAAUAAUUUUCCCGACCAAAAAGUAUAAAACAGCAAUAAUCUGUUAUACUACGACUAUUUCAUAAUAUUGUAUAUUUCAUGGUCCUUUUAGCUUUCUAAAACUGGCAUCCCUGCUUAAGAUUCCGGACAGAGGGGAAGGAGUACAUUCAUUCAUACUGGAAACGGAUACCCUACCUACCUAUUUACCAUUUAUAUCUAUCACUAUCUGUUUGUCUGUCUGGCUAUCAUUCAUUUAUUCAAUCAUUAUAUAGUGUGAUUUAUACAGCACAAGCGAGAAAAUCUAGAAAGGAGUGAAGUACAUUAAUUUACUAAUAGAUACUUCCCUUGUGUUAACGUUGUUGUUGUUGCUACUACUAUUCUUAUUGCUUAUUCCCACUACCACCCCUCGUUUGUUUUAUAUCGUGUAGUAAGCCUAAUUAGAAAUGUAAAUUUUAUUUAUCAAUUAUCUCCAUUUGCGAUUCAGAUCUAAUUUAUUAAUUUGUAUCAACUUAAAAAAAAAUAAUAAUUAAGUCCAAAUCGAACCCCACCCAUGCAUAGCUUGUAAAAAUUUACAUUUCUAAAUUGUAAAACGUCGCUUUUAACCUUGUCUAUUAUUUGUCUGCAGCGAAAGAAUAAGCUAUCAGAUGAUUUUAUAUUUAGUAUCAUUAAUUAUCGAUAUGUGGUUUUCACAACACAUUUGAAAAUUCCAUGCCAUAGACUUUAGUGUAGUCAGCUAUUACUACUAUCACUUAUAACUUUACAUAAUCUUCGAUGUUUUUUUUUAAUGAAUUAGAAUAAUAAUGUAAUAAGAAAGCUGCAAUUAAAUUAUUCUUAAAACUUGAACAUCUCGUUUAUCUGAAUGAAAAUAAUUAUAUAUUUAUACUGUAUGUAUGUAGGAAAUCGAUGAUAGAAAGAUUCCCCUUCAGUUUUAUGCAAAUAUUUCAUGAACCAAACACUUGUAUAUCGAUUCCUUGGAACAGUUUGUAACAAGAGCUAGUGUAGUGUAGUUGUAUCAAAUUAUAUACAUACAUAUUAUAGGUAUAUCAGUUUACUGUUUAAUAUACAAAAACCUAAUUCAUUUAUUAUUCACGAACACCAACACACACACAUUUAUAAUCGACAUAUAUAGACUUUGUGUAAAUAUAUAUGUGCGUGUGUAUCUCAUUAAAAGAGUAUAUAUUAUAACAAGGUUAGAUCUGUUUAGAAAAACAAGAAAAAAAAGAAACAAUAGCACUCAGUUCAAAUUAAAAACAAUAAUAAUAUAAGGGGGAUAUAUUCUGAUCAGUGUUUUUUAUUCUCCUGUCAGCCAAUGUUGCUUUUGUUGAAUUCUCUGUGAUUGACCAGAAGAAUUAAAUGUUCCGGUCUUAACGACCCAGUUUAGAAAUUCUUAAAAUGUGAUUUCUCUUCUCAACCUUUCCCACUCUAUCUACUUUCCCCCCCUCUCUUUAUCACUCUCUUCCUCUUUAAUUUCUUUGAGCAAUUCAUGCUGCCGUCGUUAACAAGGGCAGCGGAUAGAAGACACGAUCCACACACUAUUUAAUAACUCCUUGAGGUUUUUCUUUAUUCUUUUGAGAUUUUAUUUUCAAACAACGUUCUGCUCAAUCCCUCUAUCUCUUUCUCUUUUGCCUUCACCCCUUCUCUCUCUCUCUCUCUCUCUCUCUCUGGAAUUAGUAUUUGAGUGUAACUCGUUAUAUUUCCUUUCAGUGCCUACCAAUUUAUAUAUAUUAUAGAACACACUAUAUCUGCCUAUCUUUAUCCUCAACGAGAAACUUAACGAAACCUUUGUACACGAGAUAAAUUUCUUAAAUAGGAUUUCAUGACCGUUUGGUAGAAGAAUUUAAGGUCAAUUAAUAAUCAUAAUAAAUUACGCCUCCGACCGAAAGCAUUGGUGUACUAAAAUACAACCGCAAACAUUCAAAGAAAACUAGAAGAAAUCAAACCAUGUGAUAAAAACAAGCCAGAAUUCUAUCUCGGUAGUGAAAGAUGCCAAUGUAAUUCAUGCUCAUCGGAAAGCAGUAGGGUUAUAUCUUGUCGAGCGUGUACAUGUGUCUGGACAGUGUGGGGCAAGUGGAAUAAUAUGUCGACUAUACGUAGGGCUUAUAUGGAAUUGUCGAAUGGGAUCAGGGGCCUUCGUUUACAUAGGGACCAGACUCCUCAGGCUUCGGCAUCCACUUCGUCAAAGGAUGCUUCGAUUACGACACAAAUUCCUUCGUUAAUCUCAUCUAAGUCAACCGUGCCCAAUACUUUGUCUUCAACAACUGGGGUUGGAGGCAAAAUCUUGCGCCUUUCGAAACCAAACCAGACCUACAACAGCAAUGUUAUUAACACGUCGUCUUCUUCAACCUCUUCAACUGUAUCAUCAGUUGCCAUUCGAAGGAUGCGAAUAUUAAAUGGGCGGUAUAGCCCCACAUCUGUCCAAGAAUUAUUUUUAGACGAGAAAUUUCUGUCCCGCUUCUUUUCGUAUUUUUCGCCUCAGGAGAAAGGUGAUUUAGCACGAGUGUGUAAACGAUGGAGAAAUAUUCUAUAUAACGUGUGUUACUGGACAGAUGUCAUACCUGUUAUAUCAUGUCGAAAAUGGUGUAACGAUGUAGAAGGCAGAAAUAAAUUUUUCGAAAGCCUAAUUCUGCGAGGCUUUGACUCGAUAUGUUUAUUUGGGGCGACAGACGAAGAUAUUCAGGACUUUGUUAACAAUUUCCCCCCUUGUAGGAAACAAAUUCGGUCUAUCAGUGUACGUUGUUCAAAUGUAACGGAUGUCGGGCUCGAAUUGAUGUUUAAGAAAAUGACUUCUGUUUAUCGUUUGGAACUUUCUGGUUGUAAUGAAAUCACAGAGACCGGUUUGUGGUCGUGUUUGAACCCCAAAAUUGUCUCACUUUCUGUAAGCGACUGCAUCAAUGUAGCAGACGAUACGGUCGGCGCUAUAGCACAGUUACUUCCGUCUCUGUACGAACUCAAUCUUCAAGCCUACCAUGUUACAGAUGCUGCUCUUUCUUUCUUCAGUGCCAAACAGAGCUAUACCUUAUGCAUUCUUCGUCUGCAGUCGUGUUGGGAAAUAACUAAUCACGGUAUAGUAAAUAUUGUACAUUCGUUACCAAAUCUUACCGUCCUCAGUCUAUCGGGCUGCAGUAAAAUAACAGAUGACGGAGUUGAACUUAUAGCGGAAAAUCUUCGGAAGUUACGCCUUUUGGACUUAUCUUGGUGUCCUAAAAUUACUGACGCCUCUUUGGAAUAUAUUGCUUGCGAUUUAAGUCAACUACAAGAACUUGUUUUGGACAGAUGUACUCAUAUAACCGACAUAGGAGUGGGUUACUUAUCUACGAUGACGUCAUUGAUCAAACUCUACCUAAGGUGGUGUACACAGGUGCGAGAUUAUGGUCUUCAACAUUUGUAUUCUAUGAGAAAUCUGCGGUUGUUAUCUUUGGCAGGUUGUUCACAAGUAACAAGUCAUGGACUCUGCGGACUGGUGAAUCUUCGUAACCUCGAAGAAUUGGAGCUGACAAACUGUAACAGUGCCACGGCAGACCUCUGUCAAUAUCUCCGUGACAAUAUUUCUGGCUGUUUAGUCUUAGAAUAACCAACUUUGUUUUUUUUUGUUUUUUUGUUCUUUUUUUUUUUUUCUAUGUGACUUUCUUCAUUAUAUUCCGCCUUGCCCUGCCUCCCUUUCUUCUGAAAAAAAAAAACACGAAAAAUAAUAAAACAUGCCAUCUCUCUCCAUUCCACAACAUAUCCUCAAUUAUUAUUAUUAUUAUCAUUAUUAUUAUUAUUAUUAUUAUUAUUAUUAUUAUUAUUAUUAUUUUUAUUUUUAUUGUCAUUACCAUUAUUAUUAUUAUGAUUAUGACUGUUGUUGUUGUUGUUGUUAUUGUUGCGGCACAGUCCACAGAGCAUGAAGUAAGCUUCCGGCAAGCCGAGUCCACCAGCUGGGUUUUGAUUUCUGGCUGAGCACCACACAUCCUCAUUCCCAAGUCUUCUAAAUUUCUGGCCCUGGGCCUGAAUUAUGAAGUUAAUCAUUAUCAUUAUUAUUGUUCUUGUUAUCUUCAUCACCAUCAUUGUUAAUUUUAUUAUUAUUAUCAUUAUUGUAAUUAUUAUUAUUAUUAUUAUUUUAUUUUGAUUAUACUAUUUCUAUAUUCUUCAUUCUAUCUCUUUCUCCUUUAUUUAAUAUUAUCUGAAAUACAAAAAAAAGACAAAAACAUUUAGUUAAAACAACACAAAUAAUAUGAAAGAAAAAAAAGUGUAUGAUUAUUUUUGUUUUUUAACAGAAAAAAAUUUACACAGAACAGAAAGUUUGGAUAAACUUUAUAAAUUUCUUCAAAAUAGUUCAAAUACCACUCUAGACUGUUACUUGUAUUAUGUCCUAGCUGUUUGUUUGGUUUAUUUUCUGGGGGAAAAAAAUCAUAAAAGAAAAAAAAAACAAAAGUAAAAGAAAAUGUCUUUCAAAUCAGAAUCCAUCAAUAUUUUUUUUUACAUCAUUCAGUAAAAGAAGUCAAUUUUUUUUUUUUUUUGUUAUUCUACUCCCCAGCCUCCACCCGUUCUUUCUAUUAUGUUCCACCACUGGUUUUGUUUGUUUUUGUUUUUGGUUUGUUUUUUUUUAUAUCUUUUGUUUAGAAAUGAAAGUAAUGUGAAUAUUGAUUUUAUUUUGAAUAAAGCAGCACCGUAAGGCCAGUUUUUGUUGGAGAAGUGUUGUACAGUCCAGUAAUUAAAAUCCAACUUUAUAAUAUUACUGAUACUUACUUAACCAAGAUUGGAUUGCAAAAUCAAAGAACAAAGGUUAUUGCAUAGUUGGAGAGAAAACUGAUUGAUGCCAAGUAUUUAGUGAAACAUUUUAACUGUUUCUGUCAAUUCAAAGAUUUCAUCUGGACAUAGCCAUUCUAAAGUACCUCCAUGGCAACCUCCUCCAAGCUGAUCUAUAUGAUAGCAGGAAGAUGGAUACAACUUGCUGGACACUGUCUGCAACACUCAGAUUUGCCCACUAGCCAUAUCAUUUGAGAACUGACCCAAACUUGAGGUCGAGACCCUGAUGGAGAACAAUACGCUACAACUGCUGAUGAACUCAGAAUACCGACAAUGAAACAGGAUACAUGGCCCUUCUGGCAUUGUGCUGGAGGUAAAUGCAAGUUGUAACCAAUAAAAAAUCAUCUUCUGAUCAACUUGCUAUUAAAUACUUUUGUCUAGACAAAAGGCCAAUUCUUAGAGUAAAAUUUUUAAAAUAAGUAUAGUUGACUAUGUCAACUCUAGCUUUUAUAGGCAAAAGUGGAGAGUAUGGUUGAUGAUAUCAACUCCAGUAUAUGGUGAAUUCACAGAAUUGUGAGAGCAUAGGGCUCUUUACAUUCUGAAUUCUAAGUAUGGCAAGGUCAGCUUUGCCUUUCAUCUCCUCAGGUCAAUAAAGUACCAAUACAGUAUUAGGGUCAGUAUAACUGAGUAAACCCUCCCCUCAGAAUUGCAGGCCUUGUGCUUAAAUUAGAAAUUUUAAUUUUGUGUGGUGAUGGAUUGGCUGAACCAUUAGAGCAUGUUUUGCAGUAUUUAUUUCAGCUAUUUACAUUCUGAGUUCAAGUUCUGUCUAGGUCAAAUAUGCCUUUCAUCCUUAUAGGGGCAAUAAAAUAAAGUACAUGUCAAGUACUGGGGGUCAAUAGUAUUGAAGAACCUCCACCUCCCAAAAUUUCAGGCUUUGCCCUAUGUUAAAAUUAUUAUUAUUUUACUGUUUUCAAAUGGGAAAUCCAUUAAUAACUUAAUUACAAUUUUUCAAACUAUUAACCUUGUCUUUAGAUAUUUUUAAAUAUUUACAUCUCCACAACAUUUCAGUCAGUAUAAUCCCUCAUCCUCAUCAGGGACCUAAUUCCUAGAUGUUUUCAUAGUAUCCAACUAGAUUUGAACCAGGAAUUUUUAUCUCCAAAAUAAAGGCAGUAACAUUCUAAUCUACUUGGCCAUUGAUGAAAUAUGGUGUUGAUGUAAAACAUUAAAGUAAAAAUGUGAACAGUCUUUAAAUUAAUAAACUUAUGAAUAAUAACUCAUUCCUGGUGUUAUACACUUAAAAAAAUAUAUUAAUUUGUGGGUACACGUACUAGAGUUGGUAGUAUUAGCUAAUCCUUCCCACCAGCCAUAUUUCAGGCCUUGGUGCCUAUGCAAGAAAUAAUUAAUUUAUGGAUAUAUUAUAUAAAUAAAAACAUUAUCACAGCUAAACAC